AUUUGGACCACGAGUUUUGGUUGGUGGCCGCGAGAGCUUUGGAGAACCAGUCAAGAGAGCGCUUCAACUUGGGGUGCUUCCGCCAUCCAUAUUUGCAUUCGCCACCAACGAAAUGGCCAAGAAGCAGUCCAAGCCCGUGCCUGUGAAGGCUGACAGCAGCAGCAGCUCGGACUCGUCCGACAGUGAAGCUCCUGCCCCGGUCAAGAAGGCGGCGCCUGCCAAGAAGGCCGCCCCGGCCAAGAAGGCUGCCUCAUCCUCGGACGACUCGUCUUCUUCGGAAGACGAAGCGCCCAAGAAGGCUGCUGCCCCCGUGAAGAAGGCGACGCCUGCCAAGAAGGCCGAGUCAUCUUCGUCUGACGACUCUUCCUCGGAAGAGGAAGCGCCCAAGAAGGCCGCCACUCCCGUCAAGAAGGCUGCUGCUCCUGUGAAGAAGGCAGCGCCUGCGAAGAAGGCCGACUCGUCUUCGUCCGAUGACUCUUCCUCGGAAGAGGAAGCGCCCAAGAAGGCUGCUCCCGUCAAGAAGGCAGCGCCUGCGAAGAAAGCCGACUCAUCCUCUUCGGACGACUCUUCCUCGGAAGACGAAGCGCCGAAGAAGGCUGCUCCCGUCAAGAAGGCCCCUGCCAAGAAGGAAGAAUCUUCGUCGGACGACUCUUCUUCGUCGGAAGAUGAAGCGCCUAAGAAGGCCGCCACUCCCGCCAAGAAAGCGGCUCCUAAGGCCGACUCGUCGGAUUCCUCGUCGUCCGACUCGGACUCGGAAGAAGAAACGCCCGUGAUCAAGAAGCGCAAGGCAUCCGACUCGACCGAGCAACCCGCCAAGGUGCUCAAGAACAACGACGGUGGCGCUGUCGCCGCCACGUCCGAGAACUGCGAAAUCUUCAUCGCUGGCCUUCCUUGGGUCUGCGACGAAGACGAGCUCAAGGCUGUCUUCGCCAACGUUGGCGGUGAAAUCACGAGCUUGCGCUUGCCCCAAGACGCCAAUGGCCGCUCGACCGGCACGGCGUUCAUUACGUUUGACAACGCCGCUGCCGCGGAAGCUGCGAUCGCACUGGACGGCCAGGACUUUGGCGGUCGCUGGAUGAAGAUUCGUUCGGCGGAAAAGAAGAACCACGUCGCGGACAAGCCGGAAGGGUGCAUGUCGAUCUUUAUCGGCAACCUGUCGUGGAAUAUUGACGAAGACACUCUGCGCUCGACGUUUGAACACUGCGGUCCCAUCGAGUCGGUGCGCCUUGCCACGGACCGCGAGACCGGCGACUUUCGCGGGUUUGGCCACAUUGACUUUGGCACGUCGGAAGCGGUGGACGAAGCGGUCAAGCUCAAUGGCCAAGACGUGCUGGGCCGCGCCAUCCGCGUCAACUUUUCUGAAAAGAAGCCAUUCAACGGCGGCGGCGGCGGUGGCUUUUCUGGCGGCCGUGGCGGAGGCCGGGGCGGCGGACGUGGCGGCCGGGGUGACUUUGGUGGUCGCGGCGGACGUGGUGGCGGCCGUGGGUUUGGUGGUCGCGGCGGACGCGGUGGCGACUUUGGUGGCCGUGGCGGACGUGGCGGAGGACGUGGUGGUCGCGGUGGCCGUGGCGAUGGUGCCCCCAAGCGCCAACCCACGUCGAUCCAGAGCUUCCAAGGCCAAAAGAAGACGUUCGACUAA